CACGCACCCAAACCAGCUUAGCGGCAUCCCCCCCCCACCACCCUACCAAACCCCCACUAUUGGCAGUAUGUAAUGGCCCGCCAACCUCCGAUUCACGCAAUCGCUCUCCCUCCAAGCUUGGGAAUUUAAAGUAAAAACAACAAUUAAAGACAAAUCAAUCCCAUACAAUCACGUCAAAAUGGCUGCUCAAAAGACUGUUUUCAUUGGUAUCAUCGGCGUGGGCGGGGUAGGAAAAUGCUUCCUCUCACAACUCAAGGGCGUCACCGAGCGUCUGGCCAAGAACCCGCGUAACCCAGCUCUGGCAGUCGUCUUCAUGUCGCGCAGCAAGACCAACAUCUACAGCGCGGACUAUGCCCCCCUCUCGCUCGACACCAGCGCCGAGACAGUGGCAGCAUCGAAGCAAGACGUCCUCUCGACGGCGAAGCUGAUUGAGUACCUCGCUGCGGCACCCGGGAAGGCGGUGGUGGUUGAUAAUACCAGUGCGCAGGAUGUGGCGGAUCAGUACCCGGAGUUCCUGGCCAAGGGGGUUAGUGUCGUGACGCCGAAUAAGAAGGCGUUCUCGGGAUCGUAUGCGCUGUGGGAGGCUAUCUUUGGGGCGGCGGCGAAGUCGGGAGCGAAGGUUUAUCAUGAGAGUUCGGUUGGGGCCGGGUUGCCGGUUAUCUCUACGGUGAAGGAUUUGGUGGAGACGGGGGAUGAGGUUACCAAGAUCGAGGGCGUGUUUAGCGGGACCAUGUCGUUCUUGUUUAACUCGUUUGCGCCGACGGAGGGGGAGGGCGGGAAGUGGGCUGCGGAGGUUAAGAAGGCUAAGGAGCUUGGGUAUACUGAGCCGGAUCCAAGAGAUGAUUUGAACGGCCUGGAUGUUGCGAGGAAGCUGACUAUCUUGGCGAGACUUGUUGGGUUGAAGAUCGAGUCGCCUACCUCUUUCCCGGUGCAGAGCUUGAUCCCCAAGGAGCUUGAGAGCUGCUCCAGCGGAGACGAGUUUAUGCAGAGACUGCCCGAGUUCGACUCGCAGAUGGAAGAGGUGAAGCUUGCUGCCCAGGCGCAAGGAAAGGUCGUCAGGUUCGUGGGGAGUAUCGAUGUGGCUAAGGGCGAGGUCAAGGUCGGGCUAGAGAUGUUCGACAAGUCGCACCCGAUUGCGGCGCUGAAGGGAAGUGAUAACAUCAUAAGCUUCUACACGAAGAGAUAUAGUGCCAGCCCUCUUAUUGUCCAGGGCAGUGGCGCGGGAGGCGAGGUAACCGCUAUGGGUGUCGUGGGAGAUCUACUGAAGGUCGUUGCCCAGCUAUAAUUAUGAUAGACGAAAAGUAGACAGUUAUUCAUUUGGCGGAGGAUUCUGAGGCCUCCUCCGACGGUUCCG